UCUUGUUUUUAUUAUCAUAUGUAUCAUUAUAGUUUUUUUUUUUUUUUUUUUUUUUAGUUCCGUAGUUAUUUUUUCCUUAAUUCCUUCCUCCUUUGGGGAGCAAAGAAUUAAGGAAUUAAUUCCUUGUGGGGCCCCCAACAGGAACGCUCAUCUUGUAUAUUACGUGUCGGUGACGCGUCCCACCACCCGAGUCUGCAGGCACUCAUACCACGCUUCGUAGCCCCCAAACGCCAUUUUCUUCCACUCCCCAGCGAGGAAGGUUGAGCCACAGCGGUCAUUUCUCUCAGCACGUGCUGCCACCUCCACCCUGCUCCCUCUCUGUGUGAGCCACCCUGCCGGGGUAGAGACUGCCGCCUGCCACUCCCACUGCCUUGCUCCAGAUGACCAGGGAAGGAGCCCAGCUGACCAUGAGGAGGUCGGCCAAAGCGAAGAAAAUCCAGAGCUUCGUGUUCCUGGACCUUGAGACCACAGGGCUGUCCAUGGAAAGGCCGCACAUCACGGAGCUCUCCAUGGUGGCCGUGUCUAGGGCCGACCUCCUGGCGAUGAGGGAGUCUGCCAGUACUAAAUACCCUCGGCCCUCCACCUGGCCAACUGACGCCACAGCACGCCCUCCAAAGGUGCCGCGCGUGACUCACAGAUACGUGCGCCUUUACAACCCUUAUAAGGUCAUAUCUCCCAUUGCAGGGUCAGUGUCCGGCCUCUGCAAUGAGGAUCUGGAGUGCCUCUCACCGUUCAGUGAGGAGAGCGCCAAGGCCAUCAAGAUCUUCUUGAAAGACCUGCAGUGGCCGGUGGCCCUUGUGGCUCACAACGGAAAUGCAUUUGAUUUUCCCCUGCUGAUGGCAGAGCUGCACAGGGCGCUCUCUGAACACAAGCUGAGGCACGUGCUGUGUGUGGACACCCUGCACACCAUCCGCAGGGUAGACCAGGAGCUGGAGAUUUCAGAAUUGGUCACACAUUUCACAGAAGACAACUUUUGGGAGGAGCAUUCCCAGGAUGUGGCGAGCCCUGCCAAGCGGCCCCGGACAGAGCAGCCUGUCAUGGGGGAAGACAGCCUCCCACCCUGCACCCUCCCGAGCCACCAUGUGUCAGCCUCCCCUGGCCAGGCACACCUCCCCUACAGCAUGGCAGCGUCUGUAGGGUGCCUUGAGACUCCAACAAAGAGUGCCCUUCUCAGCCCCACAUCAAUGCCCACCACCCCUGCCAAGCCAGUCCAGCCCCCACCCCAGCCCUGGACUCCCAAGAGGUCCCAGCCGGGCACCUUGGGCUUCCAGGCUGGGGGGUCAGGAAGGGUGCACAGGGCCCUCACGUUUGGUAACACUGGGGGAAGUGUCACGAAGGCGCCAUCAUACAGACAGACAGAUAUCUACAGACGGCUGUUCAACUCCAAUUAUGAGGCACAUAAAGGACAAGAGGAUUGCCUCGCCCUACUCCAAAUCUGCGGGCACUACGGGGCCAUACUGGUAGAGUUGUUUGACGCCUCCGCGACCUGGUUUACUGAAGUACAGCCUAUGUGGAAGUAAUAGGGUUCAUCCACAGCAAGUGUCGCCAGCUAUCGUGCCCAAAAAGCUUGAACUAUUUUUUCAGUUAUCGUAAAUCAGCUGUGUUUCUCUGGGACUUUGUAGGUAACAGUUACACUUCAAUACAAUAAGUGACACUGUUGUUGAUUAAAAUGUAGCUCAUAAUUUUCAUUAGAUUAUUUAUUUGUAAACGAGAGAAAAUAAAUGCCGUGCGGAAGCUUAUCUUCAUGGGGAAAAUUGUUCUUGCAUGAAAGCCCUGCGAAAUCAAGCAGAAAUGGGCUCUUUAAAAAAUUCUAUUUACAUUACGAUAUUUGCUGAGUACCUGCUGCGGGUGAGACACAAACACCUGGCCAUCUUUGUGUUAGGGAGGGGGUGGGGGGUGUCGAGAUGCCUGACGCCCUAAUGUCUUUGAUAAAUUUCCCCGAAGGCAACACUGAUACACCUGCGGCAGGUACUCAGCAAAUAUUGUAAUGUAAACAGAAUUCUUUAAGGAGCCCAUUUCUGCUUGAUUUGGCAGGGCUUUCAUGCACUGGUGAGGACACACUUCUGCACAGCAUUUAUUUUCUCUGGUUUACCAAUAAACAUGGAGAAUGAUCAGCUACAUUUUUCUCAACAACAACAGUGUCACUUAUUGUACUGAAGUGUAAUUGUUACAAGCCCCAGAGAAACACGGCUAAUUUACGAUAAUUGAAAGAAUAGUUCAAGCUUCAUGGGCCCUGUGACCUGACACUCGCCGCCACCGCCGGGGCGUGGAGGGCAGACUGCAGUAAUAAUGAUGAUGAUAAUGAGUGCAGGAGGAGGAAGGAAUGAGUUUGUUCCAGACUAGUUUCGCUUUUUCUUCUUCAGGGGAACCGAGGUGUCUCAGGUGUUAUCCCGCUACAUACAGGACACAUGAGACACCCCACCCCGCUCGCUGCUCAGAGACAAGGUUGGAGGUCAAGUCACACCCCUCUGCCCAUCUUCCGCCAGUUGGUGUUGGGGGCAGCUUCACACACCUUCUCUGCUGAUACAGCCCACACUACGUCACCAGUUCUCUUGUUGAUAUUGGUGUUUGUUGUGAUGUA